AUGCCGAUUACACAGGAGCGAGGCGUGGGGAAAGCCGCGCGCGCGCGCGCACUGGGGCUGCAGGUGCACGGGGAGCACCCGGCGCAGGUGCUCGCGGGCGACAGCCGGGGUCCGGAGCACCCGGAGCGUCUCCGAAACGGUGGUCCAGACAGCGUCGUCUCGUCAUUUUAUCCUGAGAGGGCGAUGCUGCUAGUGCGUGCCCAAAAAACGGCGGGGCUGGGCGCGGGGUGCUCUCGCAUGGGGCUCACGCUGGGUUCAGGCUAUGACGCAAACGAACGCCAUGGCGUGGGGAGUGAACGUGCGAACUCCAGCCUUCGCCUGCCCCGCGGCUCCUGGGUGCGCGCGGGCCCCGAGGAGGGCUGGGGUUUAUGUAGCGUGGCCGCUCCGUCUGCACCGGCUCCCGCCAUGGUGGAGCACCCGGGGUCAGCCUUAACCCCACGCCACCGCCGUGGACUAUGGCAUCGCCACCGGCGUGGCGUUCGAGAAUGUUUAGGAAGAGUCGAAUUUAUUUUUCCCAUUUGCAAAAGCAAAUUUGCUCCUAAGCUGAACCGUCGCAAGUCGUGUUUCAUCCCAGAAAAUGCUGGGAUGCUCUAUCACAGGGGAGAGCGGCACGGGCUGCGCUGCUCCGACACCGGGCCGACACAGGCAAGCGCAGAAGCAGUGUUUGCGGGUGGGUUCGCACGGCAGCCACUGCUGGACGAGUUGGCAGCAUGUGAGAGCCACGGUGAAGACCAGCAAGGGUUAGGAAACUCCAGGCUGACAGGUUCACCUGCAGGUGGUAAGGGGCCCAAACAGAAGGUGACACCAGAGUCUUUUCCAUUUAGAAUAGGAAAAGUUGGAAAUCAGAAGCGAGUCGUCGGUGUGCUGCUGGGCUCGUGGCAGAAGAAAAUACUGGAUGUGUCCAACAGUUUUGCAGUACCUUUUGAUGAGGAUGACAAGGAUGAUACUGUGUGGUUUCUGGACCAUGACUAUCUGGAGAACAUGUACGGAAUGUUUAAGAAGGUCAACGCUAGAGAAAGAAUAGUUGGUUGGUACCACACGGGCCCUAAACUGCACAAGAACGACAUCGCCAUCAAUGAACUGAUGAAAAGAUACUGUCCUAACUCCGUGUUGGUGAUUAUUGAUGUGAAGCCAAAGGACCUGGGGCUGCCCACAGAAGCUUAUAUUUCAGUUGAAGAAGUUCACGAUGAUGGCACUCCGACCUCCAAGACGUUCGAGCAUGUGACUAGCGAGAUCGGAGCCGAGGAGGCAGAGGAAGUUGGUGUUGAACACUUGCUACGGGAUAUCAAGGAUACAACGGUGGGCACUCUGUCCCAGCGGAUCACGAAUCAGGUCCAUGGCUUGAAGGGACUGAACUCCAAGCUUCUGGACAUCAGGAGCUACCUAGAGAAAGUCGCCAUGGGCAAACUCCCCAUCAAUCACCAGAUCAUCUACCAUCUUCAGGACGUCUUCAACCUGCUACCAGACGUCAACCUGCAAGAGUUUGUCAAGGCCUUUUAUCUGAAGACCAAUGACCAGAUGGUGGUAGUUUAUCUGGCUUCUCUUAUCCGCUCCGUGGUUGCCCUGCACAACCUCAUUAACAACAAGAUUGCCAACAGGGAUGCAGAGAAGAAAGAAGGACAGGAAAAAGAAGAAAGUAAAAAGGAGAGAAAAGAUGAGAAGGAGAAAGACAAGGAGAAAAGUGACGUCAAGAAAGAGGAGAAAAAGGAGAAAAAGUAAAAUGUGUAGUUUUUUUAUUUGUAAAUUAAAAAUGUUGUAAACUAAA